AACCUGUAACAUGUUAAAGGCCUUUACACCCUAUUUUCAAAUUCUGACAAUUAAUUGAUUGAUAAUUGAGGGUUUUCAAACAUGGCCAUGGCAACUUCUGCUCUCCUAAUUCUUCUAAUGGCAAUUCCAGCUGCUUAUGCUGCGCAAUACAUCGUCGGAGACAGUUCAGGAUGGACCAAUUUCGGAGUCGAUUACAGCACUUGGGCCUCCGGUAAAACAUUCACCGUCGGUGACACUCUUGUGUUUAACUAUGAUGGUUCUACGCACAAAGUGGAUGAAGUAUCUCAAAGCGAUUAUAAUAGUUGCAGCUCAAGUAAUGCUAUUGAAAGCCAUGACGAUGGAAGCACAACAAUUAAGUUAUCUAAGACAGGCACAAUUUACUUCAUUUGUCCCACAGCUGGUCACUGUAGUGGUGGCAUGAAGUUGGCUGUUAAUGUUGUGGCAGCCAGCACUACCCCAGGUACUAGUCCCACCACUCCUGCCCCUGCUCCUCCAUCUGGUUCUACCACUCCAUCUGGUUCUAACACUCCUGCAGCUGAAACCCCUUCCAACACCACCUCGCCGCCGCCGCCGCCCGGCAAUAAUGGAGCAGCUAGCGUUUUCGUUAAUAUGAAUGUUUUAAUGUUUGGUUCUUUACUAGUACUUGGUUUGUUGGGCUAGGAAAGAGGCAGUGCUGUUAUUUUGUUUUGGAUAUUGCUGUUGGAAUUUGAACUAUUGUGUGGUUUUAUCAGUGGAUAUUUGUAUAUUUCUGUUUUAUUUAUGAUCAUAUUUAAUAAUUGAUUUUUCCUCGGAGAUUUAAAUUUUGUA